AAAGCUGCAGCCUCGCGACCGCAAAGGGAAGCAGCAAUCAUCAACCGCGUCACUCACUCGCUCUUGCUCAUCACAACCUAGCACUCCCUGCGGAAUACCCACCACAACGAUGAUUGAUUCGGCCAAGAAUCUCAAACGGUCAAGUGUCGAGAGAGAGGGAACUCAAGACCACAAGCGGGUGAAGACGGACGGCGACGCGAAGAUGGAAGCGAAAUGGAACCCCUACCUGGCGCAUUACAAGGAAGACCGCGACAAUGAGGGCUUUAGGUCACCUCUCGAUGACUUCGAGCGCCACAAGACGACGGCGCUGCAGGCGGCAAAUGCCGAGUCCGAAGACAACAACCCAUGGACUGGCAACCCUCAUUCGCAACAGUACUUCAAUAUCCUCAAGACCCGCCGCGACUUGCCCGUGCAGAAGCAGCGUCAAGAGUUCCUCGACAUGUACCAUAAGACCCAAAUUCUUGUCUUCGUCGGUGAAACCGGUUCCGGUAAAACGACCCAGAUCCCGCAGUACGUCCUCUACGACGAGCUGCCACACCAGACCGGCAAGCUCAUCGCCUGCACGCAGCCGAGGAGAGUGGCGGCCAUGUCGGUCGCCCAACGUGUCGCCAACGAGCUCGACGUGGAUCUUGGCGAGGAGGUUGGCUACAGCAUCCGUUUCGAGAACAGAACGGGGCCCAAGACGCUAUUAAAAUACAUGACAGACGGUCAGCUACUGCGCGAGGCGAUGCACGACCACGACAUGUCGAGGUACGGUUGUAUCAUUCUCGACGAAGCCCACGAGCGUACCCUCGCCACUGAUAUUCUCAUGGCGCUGCUCAAGCAGAUCGCGGAGCGGAGGAAAGACCUGAAGAUCAUCGUCAUGUCGGCUACCCUCGAUGCCCAAAAGUUCCAGACCUACUUCUUCAACGCGCCGUUGCUCGCUGUACCGGGCCGGACGCACCCUGUCGAGAUUUUCUAUACCCCUGAGCCGGAGCGGGAUUAUGUCGAGGCUGCUGUCAGGACGGUGUUGCAGAUUCAUGCGGGCGAACCCGAGGGCGACAUUUUGUUGUUCCUGACAGGAGAAGAGGAGAUCGAGGACGCCUGUCGCCGCAUCGGCCUCGAGGUCGACGACAUGAUCCGGGAGUCGGACGCAGGGCCCAUGGCAGUCUACCCCCUCUAUGGUACCCUACCGCCGCACCAGCAACAGCGCAUCUUCGACAAAGCCCCGGCAGCUACCCGGAAGGGUGGUCGGCCAGGCCGGAAAUGUAUCGUAUCGACCAAUAUUGCUGAGACCAGUUUGACAAUCGACGGCAUCGUCUACGUCGUGGACCCCGGGUUCAGCAAGCAAAAGAUCUACAACCCUCGCACAAGGGUGGAGUCACUACUCGUCUCUCCCAUCUCUAAGGCGUCCGCACAACAGCGUGCCGGUCGUGCCGGUCGUACACGGCCCGGUAAAUGCUUCAGGCUAUACACGGAAAACGCGUUCAAGAAGGAGCUCAUCGAACAAACGUACCCCGAAAUUCUACGGUCCAACCUAGCCAACACGGUUCUCGAGCUAAAGAAACUUGGUGUCGAAGACUUGGUGCACUUCGACCUCAUGGAUCCGCCAGCCCCCGAGACCAUGAUGCGCGCCCUCGAGGAGCUCAACUAUCUCGCCUGCCUCGACGACGACGGCGAGCUGACCACCCUAGGCGGCAUGGCAUCCGAGUUCCCGCUCGAUCCGGCCCUGGCCGUCAUGCUGAUCUCCUCUCCGGAGUUCUACUGCUCUAACGAGAUUCUCUCCAUCACUUCCCUCCUCUCCGUCCCGCAAAUAUGGGUACGCCCCAACAACGCGCGAAAGCGCGCCGACGAGAUGAAGCAGCAGUUCGCCCACCCCGACGGUGACCACCUGACUCUUCUCAACGCCUACCACGCGUACAAGGGCGCCGAGCAGUCAGGCGAGGACGUCAAGAAGUGGUGCCACGAGCACUUCCUGUCCUUCCGGCAUCUGUCGAGCGCGGACAACGUGCGCGCGCAGCUGAAGCGCAUCAUGGAAAUACACGAGAUCGAACUGAUGAGCACGCCGUUUCAGGACAAAGAUUACUACACCAACAUCCGGCGGGCCCUGCUCGCGGGCUUCUUCAUGCAGGUCGCCAUGCGUGAGAGUUCGACGUCGAAGGUGUACAAGACGGUGAAGGACGACCAGCUUGUCAUGAUCCACCCGGGCACCGUCGUCACGAGCCCGUACGAUUGGGUCGUGUACAACGAGUUCGUACUUACAACCAAGCAGUACGUGAGAACGGUGACGAAUAUUAGGGCCGAAUGGCUUCUUGUGAGUUCUCCCCUCCCCCUAUCCUCCAGUCGGUGUGGAAGUAAUGAUGCUAACUACGCUCAGGAAAUCGCCCCUAACUACUACGACGUCGACAGUUUCGAAAAGGGCGAGAUCAAAUCGGCUCUCACUCGCAUCACCGAGAAGAUUCGCCGCCGUCAGGCCACGAGGGCCGGCCGUUGAAGAUCUCCCGACUCGUGAUUGAUGUUAUGUGCCGGGCGUAUGGGGAGGGAAAGGGAAAAUGGGAUGACAUUUUAUAUCAUUUUCGCGGAUUGCGUAGACGGAAGUGUGUACCACUAGACCUACUUAAACUUUGGCGUAAGAUUGGGGAAUAAACCUACACAAUGUGAGAG